AUGAGGCUGCAAGAAGAUGAUAUACUGGGCGAAAAUGAAGUGAUCGGUGAUGACAGCGGUCAUGCAGCUGAAUUUAUUCGUGAGCCACAUUCCGAUGACGAGGACGCCGGUUAUAUUGGAAGUGAUCACGACACCAAUUCCGAAUGCUCCGAGACUGAAAAACAGGGUAGUAACUUGGAUAACGUACCAAACCUUAGAUAUGCCUGA